UUGACGUCACCACCAACCUCCUCCCAACGGGCCGAGCCUUGGUGUCAUUGAAGGGAAACCCCGUACACUGUUCAGACAGACGGGCUGAAGGAGUCAGCUGAAGCUUGGGACACCGGCUUACAUCACUGCUGUACGCUAGUAACCGGUCAGCAGCCAUGAGUGAUCCAUCCAAACAAGACCUGGUGACCAGGGCCAAACUGGCUGAGCAGGUUGAGCGCUACGAUGACAUGGCUCAAAUAAUGAAGGCUGUUGCGAUGUCAGACGAAGACAUGUCAGAAGAUGACCGCAACCUGUUGUCAGUGGCCUACAAAAAUGUGGUUGGUGCCCGCCGGUCCUCAUGGCGUGUGGUGUCCAGCAACCAGCAACAGAAAAGUGAUUAUAAACAGUCACUUGUCAUAGAGUACAAGACAACAAUCGAGAAGGAACUGAAAGACAUCUGCAGGGAAGUGCUGAAACUUUUGGAUGCGUAUCUUAUUCCCAAAGCCAAAGAAGCACAAAGCAAAGUCUUCUAUUUGAAAAUGAAAGGAGAUUACUUCCGCUACCUGGCUGAGGUUGCUACCAAUGAUGAGAAGAAAGGAAUAAUUGAAGAUUCAGAGAAUGCCUAUACUGCAGCUUUUGAAAUCAGUAAAACUCAAAUGCCCCCCACACAUCCCAUUCGUCUUGGACUUGCCCUCAAUUUUUCGGUUUUCUACUACGAGAUCCUUGAUGUACCUGAAAAAGCCUGCAGUCUGGCAAAAGCGGCUUUUGAUGAAGCCAUCGCAGAGCUCGACACAUUGUCUGAAGAUUCGUACAAAGACAGUACACUAAUCAUGCAGUUACUGAGAGACAACUUGACACUGUGGACCUCUGAUACCCAGGUUGAGGGAGAUGAUGCAGAGGAUCCCAAAGAUUGAGCAAAACCCCCACCAUAGUCAUCCCAGUCCCUGAUAUUGUCCCAAUUCAGCAUCACAAUUAAUUAACUCUAAGACCACCUCACUAUCAUGUUUUUUCCCAGUUCUUUCUAUAUUUUUUCUAUUUUGGAGUGUUAACUUUUUUUUUCUUUCCUGUUCACGGUUCCCUUUUUUGUAGCAACUGCGGGAAGGGAAAAGGGGUUAGAAUUUUAAACUAUUUGUGGGUGGGGUCCGUGAGGACAGGGUUAGUAGUCUGGGUUUCCUGCCCUCCUGCUGACCUAUUUUUGUGGGAGCUAUAGGGGUGUUGUAUAAUUAAGGUGGUGGUGUAAGUUCUUGACUUAAUAAAACAUUCAGGUGGAUGGUUUUUUGAGUCAGAUAACUGGUUAUACUGUAAGGAUUCCAUUCACAUUAAUAGUCCUGGUCUUGAUUAACACCAUUUUGAUAAAAUAUGCUUUCACACAAAUCAGUUGCCUUGCCAUGCCUUAGCAGACAGCAACGCUUAAGUGCUUGGCAAGAGUAGUAACAGUGGAGAGUAAGCAAUGAGGAUUGCUAGGAAUGGAGAGAUUUUGAUGCAAAAUAGAAGUUACAUUCCAAUUUCAGUUUCAACACUGUGCCCUUUUAUUUUUAGUUUUGGGUUUGUUUUUUUGUCUUUAAUGACAUUUUUUUUGAGGGGGUGUAAAAAGCACACACUCUGAUUAAUUAUCAUGUUUGGUCCAAGCACAGCAAAAACAGCAUACAUUCUCACCUAGUUUCUUUUUCCAAUUAAGAUUGACUUUGUUAUUACCACCUUUUAAUAUAGUUGUCCAAACUGCAUGGUAAGACUUAGUUUCUGGAGAAGUAAGAAAAGUGUUCUCUGCCUGGCUGGCUUUGUUUGUGUUUUUGGAAUUUUCAUACAAAGCCGUUAUUAGAGAAAUUGUAAUUUCAUCUAAGAGGAAUUAAAACAAUUCAAAUAUCAGCCUGUUUGAAGGAUCAGUCUAUUUUUAAGAAAGCAAUUAUGUAUUGUAAAUAAUAAUGCACCGUUUAACA